GCAUGUCAGCUGGUGAAACAGGAAGCUGUUCAGGGUUGCACAAUAAUAUUCUUUUGCACAGGGAAGAGUCCGGGGAGUGGAAGAUGAAACUGUGACAUUUUGAGCUAACGUUGUACUCACGGCUCUUCGAAAAAGUCGUAUUAUUUAACGUAGUUUAUUAUUAUUAUUAUUUUUAAGUGUAGUAGGGUAUACUUUUCGGUUCCCUCGUUAGGAAUGGACGUUGAAAUCGUUCAGUUCGAGAUCGAUACUUUUGAUUGGUACAGUACGAGCACGACUAGGGUAGAUAUUGCAGUAUCUGCUGUAAAAAGCUGACUAGUUAGUUCACUUGUUGUAGUUUGUUCUGAAGUCUUUCGCCGGACGUUGAUUGCUAAAGAUCGGUCACAUUUAACUGCAGGUUCAAAGUAAAAUCAGCGUACAGAUGGAAGUAAUGAAACCAGGAACGAAGCAGGAUUGGAGACGACCAGAGAAGGCUGUGUUGAUUGCAGAGCUGAAGCCAGUCCACCCUCAGCCCCUGGAGCGCAGGUCGGGCUGUGAGACCUGGAGUGCGGAGUUCUCCCCCGAUGGCUCCUAUUUUGCUUGGUCGCUGGGACAUGGGAUCGUGAAGCUCGUCCCGUGGCCCCUGGAGGAGAGCAGCGGGAGUCCUACUAGAAGUGCUACCUGGUGCAAGAACUACCUCUCUAAUGCAGGACAGCAAGAAAAUGGCAACCCCAAGGAAAAGACCCUCGAUUGCAGACAGACUGUGUGGAGCUUGGCUUUUGGUCCGCGCUCAGCUAAGGACAGAACUCGCCACAGACGUGAUUGUCAGCCGGCAUCGUUUUGUGAUCUGUUCUCAAGCCUGGUUCUGGCCACAGGUCUUAAUGAUGGGCAUAUCAAAGUGUGGGAGGUACUAACAGGUCAUCUCCUGUUCAAUCUAACUGGACAUCAGGAUGUGGUGAGGGAUCUGACCUUCGCCCCAAACGGAGGCUUGACACUUGUCUCUGGUUCUCGAGACCAGACGCUACGAAUUUGGGAUUUAACAAAAGGCGGUAAAACGGCCCAUGUGUUGACUGGCCACAAGCAGUGGGUGUACUGCUGCCGGGUCUCCCCUGACUGCAGCAUGAUCGCCUCUGUUUCAGGAGAGAAAUCCGUGUUCCUGUGGAGCAUGCGAUCGUACACCUUCAUUAGAAAACUGGAGGGUCACAAGAACUGCGUCAUAUCCUGCGACUUCUCACCUGACGGAGCUGUGCUGGUGACGGCGUCCCUCGACACACAGGUGUACCUGUGGGACCCCUACACUGGGGAAUCGCUGAUGCAGCUAAGCCAUUGUUUUCCUGACCUGUACAGUUUUGCCGUCAGCGAUGUUCGCCUGAGGUCUGUGCGCUUCUCUCCUGAUGGCUUAUACUUUGCAACAGUUGCAGAUGACAGGGACUUGAGGAUUUGGGCGUUAGGAAUGGACAGGCCAAUAAUAGAAAGCCCAGCUCCACACAAUCCUGUGACGAACGGCCUGUGCUGCGCUUUCUCACCGCAAGGGGGAGUCCUUGCAACAGGGACGAGAGACGGGCAGGUGCAGUUCUGGAGGACUCUGAGGGUCGUGCCGAGUUUACGACACCUGAGCCGCGUAUCCCUCCGCCAGUCCGUGUCCUCCCAUCAGGUGAUGGCGCUGCCGCUCCCCAAGAAGAUGAAGGACUUCCUCACUUACAGGACUCUCUUAACAUGCCAUGAGAACAACUCCCUUCAUCACUUGCAAGAAGUCAUAGCCCUCAAUUAAUAACCAGUGUUGCUGACACAAAAGCACUUUCUUUUUCCUUAUAAUGUUAUUGGUAACAGUGUAAUAUUGAUUUUUUUUAAAUCUUUAAUUUUCAAAGCAUAUAUUGUAAAUAUUUUGAGAUUAAGUAUAAUAUUACUUUAACAAUAUUAUUUUUUUAUAAGUCUUAUUCCAUCUGUUUGUUUUCACUCCUGUUGCACAAACUGAAAUCCCAUAAAGCCAGGAACAGCCUUAAAUCUAUAUAUUUAUUUAUAUAUUGAACUUUUUUUAGGCAUUUCACUCAUUCCGUGUGUAUCUUCUUCAAGCAGACACUCGUUUUUCUUAAGUACGGUUUGCAGAAAUCCAUACUGUUGUGGUGUAACUCUCGCAUUCUCAAGAAAAAGUCUAAUAUGAUUAUUUUGCAGUUUUGUUAUCAACCGUCAAUACAGCAGCAGUAUCUAGAAAAUGAGGUAUGAAGAGCGUACUGUAAGUUAAAACAUGAAGCAAAAAAUAAAACAACACAUCAAAAAAAUGUUAACUAGCAAGAGAUUGACUACAUGCUCAGGAUUUUAAUAAAUCAGCCUUAUACUUACAGCAAGGAGAACCAGACCCUGUAAUGAAUCCCUCAAGACACUGCAGAUUACUUGUGCUGUCUCUCCAAACCAACCCACAGUGAUGGCAACAGCAUAAGCUUCACUUGUUCAGAGCGGGGGCUCCUUAUUCUCGAAGCAGUUUCCAGGAAUGUGGCACACUGCAUUGUGUGAUUGAGGGGACUAUUGUUGAGGCACAGCGGCUGUAUUCAUGUUGGCAAGAUGAGAAAGAGAGCACGCAGGCUGCUGGGAACGCCUGCACCUUUUUUGGUUGUAAAAGUUUGUAAUUGAGCCUUUCUGAAGUGAACAGUGUGUGUGAGGGGAGCCUGUUCUUUCUACACUACGCAGUGAAACCAUUCUGUUUAUAGUGUGUUGUAACCACUGCAGAGGCUGCUUCAGAACUUCUGAAGUUUUGCAUUUUUCUGUUUAAAUAUUUCUACAUUUAAAAUAGUUAACUCUUUCUUAUAGAUACAUGCCAGUCGGCAAUCUCAGGCAUUUCUACACAGGGGGAGGGACACAUACUUGGAUAACACACCUGCUGACAGCAGCCCCUGUUUAAUCCUACAUCAUUGAUUACUUGUUUUGAACACCGACUGCCCAAGGAGUCUUGACAAGCUUAAGACAACCUGCAAAAUGAGCUGAACAUUUCCGUUAGCAGGUUGAAAGAACAGAACUCAACGUGAGCAUCUCCUGCAUUGAAUCAUUGAAUGUCGAGUGAUAUUUUUCACUCCACUCUGUGUAUUUAAACAGUUAUAUACAUAUAAACCAGGAUGUAACUGUGUAAACCACUGUAUAUCAGAAAGGAUAUUGUGUGAUGUUUUAUGUCAACAGAAUAAAGCAAGCUAGCCAUUCAUCCUUGUUAACACAGACAUAACCGCGCCUGAAAAAUAAACUGAGAAUAGAAAGUGUAUAAAUUCACUGUCUGUUUAACUUUCCAUAAAUAUUUGCUGGUAUUUAACAGUGCAAAUCAUUUAUACUAGAUGCAUUCAGCAUGUCAAAUCUAUUAGGGCAAGGGUGACGCACAAACCAUGCGAGUGCAGUAGCUAAUGACAAGAGAUUUCUACCGUUGUGUACAUGUCUCGUUUUCACAGAUUCUGUUCCUGUACAUUAAAUACAGUGAUUGAGAAAAUAAAUAAGUGUGCCAAUGCUCUUCCUUGUACGAGUGUCAUGUGAUUUAUAAAUCUACUGUCUGUAUUGUUUCCUCUUCCCAGGAGCCCCUUGCACAGGGACUAGCAGUGGUUAUUUAAAAUAACGAAUACAGAGACUCUAGAACACAGCUCAGUGUAUCUCUGUGUGGCAGUGACCCAAUGCCAGCCCGUG